UGCUGCUCGGUGAAUGCGAGCUCAGCAAAUACUCCUGGAGAAAGGAGCUACGAUUUCUCCUGUUGCAAAAGUCGAAGAUAUCAGCAAGUCCAAGAAUGAUGCACCAGUACAGCCGAACUUGAAUAUAUUCCCAACCACUUUGAUGGGGGACAGAAGACGGUGCUUCAGGCAAAACUGGUAUACUCUUCAUCCAUGGCUUGAGUAUUCUGUCAUAAUGGACUCUACAUAUUGCUAUGCAUGUAGACAUUUUAGCACACCAAAGGCCCCUGACACUGUUUUUGUUUCAACCCCUGGGUUUAGAAACUGGAAAAAUGCAACUAUGAGAAAGGCAGGGUUUUCAGUUCAUGCAAAGUCUGAGCGACACAAGUGUGCGAUGAUAGCAUGGCGGGAUUAUCAAAGUGCUGUUAAAAAUGAUGCAACACUAGCAGAUAUCCUUAACAAAGAACACACUAAACAAGUACAAGAAAAUCGGGCAUACAUUAAAACAAUUGGGGAAGUGCUGUUACUUACAGCUACACAAAACAUAGCACAAAGAGGGCAUGAUGAAUCUGAAGAGUCCAAUAACAAAGGAAACUUUAGGGAAAUUCUUAGCACAGUUGCUAACCACGACCCACUUGUUAAGAGAAGAUUAACUUCUAUUAACAAUGCAAAGUACACAAGCAAGAUCAUCCAGAAUGAGGUUUUGGGUUGUUUGGCAGAAAUGGUUCGUUCUGAAAUCAUAGAAGAAGUGAAGAACAGUGAGGUUUUCAGCAUCAUGGCAGAUGAAACAAAGGAUGUUUCAAAAAGUGAACAGAUUUCUUUCACACUCAGGUACUAUUACAAUGGGGCCAUUAAGGAGAGUUUUCUCCAUUUUGAAUCUGCAGAGAGGUUAGAUGCAGCAAGCCUAACUGGAAAAAUAGUGAACUUACUGGAAAGUUACGGCCUGAACUACAAAAAUAACCUUGUAGGCCAAGCAUACGAUGGCGCUGCCGUUAUGAGCGGUAAACAUUCAGGGGUUCAGGCAAGGAUCAAAGAACAGGCUAAAUUUGCCUUCUACAUUCAUUGUAGUGCACACUGUCUCAAUUUAGUGUUAGUUGAUGUAGUCAAAAAUGUCCCAGAAACAGAGGAGUUUUUUUCUUUGUUACAGAGCCUUUAUAUUUUUACCUCUGGCUCAUAUGUGCACCCAAAAUGGCUGUCUCUCCAAAAAGAAAUGUAUGGCAAAACAAGAGAGUUGCAACGUUUAAGCGACACACGUUGGGCAUGCCGAUUUCUAGCCCUACGCAACAUAAUGGACACUCUACCUGCCCUUAAACGACUACUGCAACAGAUUGCUCAAGAACGCCACGGUGAAAGAACUGUUGAGGCCCGAGGUCUUCUGCCUCAAAUUGACCUACAAUUUGUUGUGCACCUUGUCACUCUUAGUAAGUUGUUUGGGGAGACAAAACUACUGUCUGACAUGUUACAGUCACAAACUGUUGAUCUGGCUAGAGCUGUUGACUUGGUAAAUGCUUUAGUCCAGACAUUGAAAGACCACAGGCAGGAGUCUUUCUUUGAUAAGUUGUGGGAUGAAGCAUUGACUAUUUGUGAGCACUGUGAUUCUGCACCAUCAGUGGCAAAACGUCAGACAAUGCUGAGCACUAGGCUCAGUGGCUACUGCACACUAAGCACUGUUGGUCAGAGGGAGGUAGAACGUGACAAAGCUAUUUUCUCCACACUGAAACUGAUCAAAACCUUCCUGCGGUCCACCACUACUGACAUGAGACUCAGUGAUCUUGGUGUCCUGAGCAUAGAGUCCAGAAGGGCCAAGGCUCUGGAUCUGGAUGCAUUUGUGGACCGUUUUGCCAGACAGCACAACCGCCGUAUCCUGUUGUUGUAG